AUGCCUUAAAGAGCAUCCUUGUCUCACAAAAAUAGAUUGAUGACAAACUAGAUGAAUUAUCUGCGAAGUCUUCGUUAAAAUGGAGUAGAUGCGGUUUGUAUAGCUAAUGCAACCUAUUUACCUAAAACCUAUAGAUUAUUCAACGAGAAUGAGUGUUUGCAGUUUUUUACAUACAUAAACUCUAAAGUCUAUGAAGACAAAAUUACGAAGGAUGGUCCUUAGUUUAUUAUUAAAAUGGGAAAGGAAGUACAUAGAGGUCGUGGGAUUAAUAUGUUGUUUCCUUAAGAGAAAGAGGAGUUGAAUAAGAAAUUCGAUAAAGGAGAAUUGUGUGGAUCAGUGAAAACAUUCAAAGUGGCUCAAUAAUAUAUUGUCAAUCCUCUGUUGUACAAGGGACAUAAGAUUGAAUUUAGAGUGUAUUGGAUCUUGGCAUCCACAAAUCCAAUUAUCGCAUAUGCUUAUGAUAAAACUCUGAUUCGUAGGUGUAUAUAUCCUUUUGAUAAAUUUUCUCUAUUAAAGGGAGCUCAUGUGUGUAAUACAGCCAUAGUGAAAAGUACUUUAAAGAAAAUGUAGAAUGAGGAUGAUGACAAUGAUAAUGAUAGUGAUGAGACUGAUGAUGAUGAUGAUAAUAAUAACGAUGAGAUCAGCAGUUAAGAGGACACUUUGUUUAUAGAUUGGAAGUUGGAUCACCUAUAGGAAAUCUUAUUGAAGGAAGGUAGAAUUGAGAACAAUAAGUGGUUGCAAAAUGAGUUAUUGCCUAAGGUUGACAGGAUGAUCAUCCAUGCAAUCCGAAGUACUCAGCACACAUUUGCAAAAGACAGUAAAUUAGGUGAAUUUUUUGCAGCAGACUUCUUGUUAACCGAUGAUUUGGAUCUGCAUAUCAUGGAGAUCAAUUAUAACCCUUAAACUCUGAAUACAACUGAAGCAAGGAAACAGCAGCAUUUUAAGAUGGUGCAGGACAUGAUUGAGAUUUCGAAUGCAUAUCUGAGAAGUAGAUUUAUGAGGUUUCAAAGAAUAAUUGGGAAAUUAUUAACCGAGUUGGAGUCAAAGAAGUAGAAAGGGAAGGAUUUGAUAACAAAUCAGAUUGGAUAGGAGAUUCAUAAGGCAUAUGUGGAUAGAUUGGAGUAAGGAAUCAGUAUUAGUCAGGAUAACUUGUUUCGGUUGUUGAUGGAUGAGAAUUUGCAGGGGACUAGAGCUUAUAAGGAUCUGAUAUAGGAAAAGUGUUUAGUAUGAGAGAGAUUUAUAUAAAUAUAUUUAAAAUUAAAUAUUUUUUAGAUAAA